GGAGAUAGGUUGGGAGCGCAUUGCGCCUCUUUCUCCCUCUCCGCUAGAUUUUUGUUUUUUUGUUUGUUUUUGUUUUUGGUUAAUAAUAAUCUUUAGAGAGAGAGAGAGAGAGAGAAAGGGGUGAGAAAGUGUGAGCGAGAAAGUGAGGGAAAAAAAUUCAUUUCAAAAGACAUUCUUUCUUCUGUUGCGCUUCUUCUCCUUAUAUAAACCGCAAAUUUCUCUGUUAUCUUCCUCACAUAGAUUUUUUUCCUCCCUUGACAACCAAACAUUUAAUCGAGAUUUUUCCAUCGCCGAGUUACUGGAGCUUUUUCUCUCUUUGAUCUGGGUUGAUUUUUUUUUUUUUCCAGAUUUUUCCUGCAGAUGGCGACAUCGGAGAUGAAUGAUUUUUCGUUUUCCGUAGUUUCUAUCGUUGAAGAUGUUCUUCAUCAGCAUAGCAGCCGUUCAAGCGACGUUGGGUUGGUCUCCCGGAAAGUUGAGGAAUCUUCUCUGAGAAGGUACGAAGCUGCCGGGUGGCUUAGAGAAACGGUCGGAGUUUCUAGUGGUAGAGAUUUUCCGGCAGAACCUUCUGAAGAAGAUUUCAGGCUUGGGUUGCGAAGUGGGAUCGUACUUUGCAAUGUCCUCAACAAAGUUAGUCCCGGGUCAGUGUCAAAGGUUGUAGAAGCGCCUGAUGAUGUUGCAGACGGAGCUGCGCUCUCUGCUUUCCAGUACUUUGAAAACAUCAGGAACUUUUUAGUUGCCAUUGAGGAAAUGGGUUUGCCAUCAUUUGAAGCUUCAGAUAUGGAGAAGGGAGGCAAGUCUGUAAGGAUAGUGAACUGCAUCCUUGCACUUAAAUCUUACAGCGACUGGAAACUGAAAGGUGGGAUUGGUCCGUGGAGGUAUGGAGUGAAUAUGAACAAUAAUUUUGGAAUGAGAAAACCAUUCCUGAGAAAAAAUCCAGAGCCGUUCACGAGUUCUCUGUCAAGAACUCAGUCUAGUGAAAUCAUAUCAGCUGAUCAACCUUUAUGUUCUGAAGGAGAUUCUAGAUCUAUCAACGCGCUUGUUCGCUCAUUUAUCGCAGACAGAAAGCAUGAAGAUAUUCCUAGUGUUGUAGAGUCUGUGCUGAACAAAGUUAUGGAAGAGGUGCAGCAGCGGUUGUCAAUCCACAAUGAAAUGAUGAAAUCAAGCUCAAAGCAUAUUGCAGAAGAUUAUUCAUCCUGUGAGACAGUGGUACGGUCUCAGCAGUGUGACGUAAGACAAUUUGAGGAAGCAGAAGAAAACAGUCCGCCACAGUACGUAGAAGAAAAGAUCCAAAGGAAAAAUUCUGAACACUACGAAGAACAGGAGAUUCUUCUGAAUCAACAAAAACACAUCCAGGAGUUGAAGCAAACUUUAAACACUACAAAAGCGGGAAUGAAAUUACUGCAGAUGAAAUAUCAAGAAGAUUUCUUUCACUUAGGCAAGCAUUUAAAUGGUUUAGCUUAUGCGGCCACGGGAUACAAAAGAGUUCUUGAAGAAAACCGAAAAUUGUACAAUCUAGUGCAGGACCUAAAAGGAAACAUACGGGUGUACUGUCGCGUAAGGCCAUUCAUGCCGGGGCAACCAACUAAUCUGAGUGCCGUGGAGCACAUGGAUGAAGGGACUAUCACGAUCAGAGUGCCAUCAAAGUACGGGAAAGAAGGGAAAAAACCAUUUAUGUUCAACAAAGUCUUUGGUCCGUCUGCAACACAAGAGGAAGUGUUUUCAGACAUGCAGCCUUUGGUACGGUCGGUUCUUGAUGGCUACAAUGUCUGCAUCUUUGCUUACGGCCAAACCGGGUCGGGGAAAACUUUUACCAUGACAGGGCCUAAGGAACUGACUGAAGAAAGCCUAGGUGUGAACUACAGGGCACUGGCAGAUCUGUUUCUUCUAUCAAAUCAAAGAAAAGACACGACCAGCUACGAAAUCUCAGUUCAGAUGCUUGAGAUUUACAACGAGCAAGUCAGAGACCUCCUUGCAACAGAUGGUCAAACUAAAAGAUAUCCUUUCCUUCGAUUAAAAAAAGUUUUACUAAACAACUCUCAGAAUGGAAUCAACGUUCCGGAAGCAAGCCUAGUGCCAGUCUCCUCGACGGCUGACGUUAUACAGCUGAUGGAUCUGGGACAUAUGAACCGUGCAGUGAGCUCUACAGCCAUGAAUGACAGAAGUAGUCGAUCUCACAGCUGUGUCACUGUUCAUGUCCAAGGCAGAGACCUCACGUCUGGGACUAUCCUCCAUGGUUCCAUGCAUCUGGUUGAUCUUGCAGGAAGCGAGAGAGUGGACAAGUCCGAGGUGACUGGAGAUAGGCUGAAAGAGGCUCAACACAUCAACAAGUCCCUCUCGGCUCUUGGGGAUGUUAUCUCUUCACUUUCCCAGAAGACUUCUCAUGUGCCUUACAGAAACAGUAAACUCACUCAGCUGUUGCAGGACUCCCUCGGAGGAUCAGCCAAGACGCUUAUGUUCGUCCACAUUAGUCCAGAAGCUGAAACUCUUGGAGAAACAAUUAGCACGCUAAAGUUUGCUGAACGAGUUGGGAGUGUCGAGCUAGGCGCUGCUCGUGUGAACAAAGAUAACUCAGAGGUCAAGGAGCUCAAAGAACAGGUUCUUAAACCAGACUGUGACUCACUUACUGUUUUAGUUCAUUCUCGCCAUAAGUUCCCUUGUCUGAUAAUGUUCUCGGGGUUUUACCAGAUUGCUAAUCUUAAAAUGGCUCUGGCGAGGAAAGGAAAUGGUAACGAUGUACCACCAAGCCCUAUACCACUUAACCGUGAGAGGAUAUCGAGAAGAAGAUCACUCGAAACUCCUACCAUUCGACCUAAAGUUCCUAACAUGGGAAAUGCACCAAGCAACCUUAGGCCCCAGAUUAUGGAUCUAAGUGGACCAGAGGCUUUUAGCGAUACAGCAUCUUCAAGAAGACACAGCUUAGAUCUCCAUGAGCUAAUGCAGUCUUCUUCUCCGUCUUGGUCGAGGCAAUCACUCAAUGAUAGAGAAUCUAAGUCUGGGGAGUGGAUCGAUAAGCACGAAGAGUCAAUUCAAGCAGAGAAACUUUACCAAUCAAUUACCCCACAGCAACAAUCACUAAAUGGUAGGAAACAAGAUUUCGAAGUGCAGAGUAUUACAGAUAACGAAUCUGAUGAAGCCGCAACAAGUGAUUGCUCGGAUUCUGAUUUGCUGUGGCGGUUGAGCGUUCAAAUGAAUGUGCCCAGAGUUUCUAAUAUCCAAAGCUCAGCAGACCUCAAGCCGAAGAAAAUUCAGCCUAGAACUGCUAAACUCACAGAAACGAGAAGUCUAAUCCCGUCGCUGAUCCCAGCACCAAGCAAGAGACCUCCGAACACAGUGAGUUUGCAGCCGCAGCGACCAACGAGAGAUGGAAAACGCAGACUGAGUUUAGGCAAGUGAACAUCUUCUCACCAAGUUUUUGUAAAGAGUUGAAAAGAGGAAUGAGAAACCUAAAAAAAAAAACAAAAAGAUUUGUGUUUGUAUAUUGUGAGAAGCCCUCUCUGAUAUGGCCGCUCUUUUGUGCCAUGAAGGUAAAAAAUCUUAGUUUGCUGCUUUGAGUGUACAAAGAAUGAUUUUUUAUAUUAUACAAUCUUCGUUAAGACUUUAAAUGUUACACAAAUGCGUACUAAAUUGCUAUAGAGAC